CGAGACUGUACCGCCGCUCACAACCCGCCGGAGCGCACUCCCGCGGAACCUUUCAGCGGAGGCACGUGCAGACCACGGAUUUCAAAAACUUGGGAUCCGAUGUUGAUUGCGCACGUUUGAAGUUCACCGCAAAGUAGGCCUGUCUGUAUCCGCGCGUGCAUGAAAUUGCUAACGGAUCCGUCGGUGCCCAUCGCCCGUGAGUGACCCCCGACCGGGAUGCAACUGGGGAGACGGAGACAGGGGAACCAGCGCGAGGCAGUGAGCGGAGAGUAGCGGGAUGCAACAGUUGAUGCUCGCUGGUCGCCCCGCGCGCACCUUCCACCAGUAGCUCCGCACGCGGCCCGUCCCCGCGCCACGCACCGAGGAUGGUGGCUCCGAUCUGCGCGUGAAGAGGCACCGGGGACACUAACACCGACCAACCCCUGCAGGGGCGAAACACCCGAGUCGUGAAUCGGAUUAUUCUGAGGGAGGGGUGGCUGCACCAAAAUGGACAUUUGACCACGAUCUUAUUUGAGUUAUUUUUGUGGGUUUUUGGGACCGCGUUGGACUCAACGCUUUGCUUGGAUGGAGUUGCAUCGGACACUCGGAGCGGUACGCCAUGCACGGUAAAUAAACCCUCCGGCCCCCCUCCCCGCCGACCCACCCCAGCGCAACAUGCACCGAAUCCUGCAGCGGAGGCGAAUGCGAAAGCUCCGCGUCGUCUGGGUCUCCCUGGCGCUCAUGGCGCUGUCCCUGGCCGCCUGCAGCGCGCUCUUCACGGCCUGGACCUGGCGCCAGACGCGGGACCUGUCCCAGUCCUUCAAGAUCCUGCAGGACCGCCUCGAGCAGGUGAACACCCAGAGGAAGGCCAUCGUGCAGCUCAUCUUGGAGAAGAGGGAGCUACUGGUCGGGCACCGGGUCAAACGUGACGGUACUGGAAGAGACCGUUAA